CUGCGCUGCACACAAGUGACAUCUUUGUCUAACUUUUAUUAUCUCUUCUUCACCCUCAUUUAGUCCCUCUCUUAAUGCUUAGGUUUUAUUAGUUACUAACUCCACCUAACCAUGUUUGUCUUACCCUUGAGUCUAUUCGUCUUGGCCGUUGUCUCCCUAACACCAUGUUCGCCCCAGCUGGUUACCUCGCCCAUGGUUACCGUGGAGCAUGGGAUGGUCCGAGGACACACCAUGAGGACCCCCAGUGGUAGGAUGAUCUACGCCUUCGAGGGCAUUCCGUAUGCUAAGCCGCCAGUUGGUGACAGGAGAUUUAAGGAACCUCACUACCGUACCAAGCCCUGGCUGGGAGUGUGGGACGCUACUCGACCUGGUAGUCUUUGUCUGCAGUACGACCACAUGACCUACCUAGAAGAAGAACCUAUCAUAGGAGAUGAAGACUGCCUGUACCUCAACGUCUACACUCCUGAGCUGCCAACAGGGUUUGUUUCUCUCAAUCCCAAAGAUGUCAUCGUGUAUAUCCACGGGGGCUGCUUCACAUUUGGAGGAGGUCACGUCUUCAAGCCGACCUACUUACUAGAGCGAGACGUUAUCUAUGUAUCAAUAAACUACAGGCUAGGUCCUCUUGGAUUUCUAAGUACUGAAGAUGAUAUUGUUCCUGGCAACAUGGGCUUGAAAGACCAGGUGAUGGCGCUGCAGUGGAUACAGAAAAAUAUAGCAGCUUUUGGAGGAAACGCUGGCAGUGUGACUAUUGCUGGAAUGUCAGCUGGGGGCGCUAGUGUGCACUACCACUACCUCUCACAGAGAUCAGUAGGGUUGUUCCACAAGGGCAUCUCGAUGAGCGGGUCGGCCACCUUGCCCUGGGCUCAGACAGAGGAACCUGCCUCCAAGGCUCGCACCCUAGCCUCGGCCCUGGGCUGUCCCGUGGCACCUAACUGGGAUAUGGUCAAGUGUCUGAGGAAACGACCCGCCAGAAGGAUCGUUGCUCUUCUCAGGACACCUUUGUUUAUGCCCUGGCACUUCAACCCCACGACCCCGUUCGGACCUGUGCAGGAGCGGGUGGGGAUGACACCUUUCCUCAGUCAACAUCCCUUUGACAUCCUCAGGAUGAACCAUGUGCAGCCACGACCUUGGCUAGUCAGUGUAACCUCGGAGGAAGGUCUUUACCCUGCUGCUAAUUUUGUAGCGAACGCAACUUUAUUAGCAGAGAUUGAACAGAACUGGUUGAACAUUGCACCAGCUCUCUUAGAUUACAACUACACUGUACUGCCUCAUCGCAGGGAUGAAACUAGCAUGAAGAUCAAGCAGUUCUACAUGAAGGGCCAGCCGAUAUCACGGCCAACCGUAGCACCUUUUAUUCAAAUGGCUGGGGACCGACUAUUUGUUGUGGAGACUGAGAGGUCUGCUAGGAUGCAGGCUGCUGCCAGACUAGCGCCUGUGUACUUCUACAAGUUCUCCUACAGGGGAAAACACUCGCUCUCAGAGCUGGUAUCAGGCGGAUCCACAGAAAACUUCGGAGUAAGUCACGGGGAUGACUUGGGAUACGUCGUUGGAGUCAAGUACAUAAAUCCUACAGAAAUUGAGUCAGACCGUAGAAUGAACAAGCUCAUGGUAGACAUGUGGAUAAACUUUGCCAAAACUGGGAAGCCUGUAUUUGGUGCCUCAGACUGGGUACCCGUGUCACCCAUCGCUGGUACCUCAGGUCCACUUAACUAUCUGCACAUCACCUCCCCAGACCAGGCCAAGACAGAGUCGUCUACCGACCUGGGCAACAAAGCAUUCUGGGACUCACUGCCUCUCAACGAACCACCUAACAUGUUUGCUGGACCUGGGAGACACACUGAGUUCUAGGUCCUCUCCUGUACAUCAUCUCCCCAGACCAGGCCAAGACAGAGUCAUCUAACGACCUUGGCAACAGAGCAUUCUAGGACUCUCUACCUCUCAACGAACCACCUAACAUGUUAGCUAGACCUGGGAUACACACUGAGUUCUAUGUCCUCUCCUGUACAUCAUCUCCCCAGUCCAGGCCAAGACAGAGUCAUCUAACGACCUUGGCAACAGAGCAUUCUAGGACUCUCUACCUCUCAACGAACCACCUAACAUGUUUGCUAGACCUGGGAUACACACUGAGUUCUAUGUCCUCUCCUGUACAUCAUCUCCCCAGACCAGGCCAAGACAGAUUCAUCUAUCGAUCUGGGCAACAGAGCGCUCUGGGACUCUCUACCUCUCAACGAACCACCUAACAUGUUUGCUGGACCUGGGAGACACACUGAGUUCUAGGUCCUCUCCUGUACAUCAUCUCCCCAGACCAGGCCAAGACAGAUUCAUCUAUCGAUCUGGGCAACAGAGCGCUCUGGGACUCUCUACCUCUCAACGAACCACCUAACAUGUUUGCUAGACCUGGGAGACACACUGAGUUCUAGGUCCUCUCCUGUACAUCAUCUCCCCAGACCAGGCCAAGACAGAUUCAUCUAUCGAUCUGGGCAACAGAGCGCUCUGGGACUCUCUACCUCUCAACGAACCACCUAACAUGUUUGCUAGACCUGGGAGACACACUGAGUUCUAUGUCCUCUCCUGUACAUCAUCUCCCCAGACCAGGCCAAGACAGAUUCAUCUAUCGAUCUGGGCAACAGAGCGCUCUGGGACUCUCUACCUCUCAACGAACCACCUAACAUGUUUGCUGGACCUGGGAGACACACUGAGUUCUAUGUCCUCUCCUGUACAUCAUCUCCCCAGACCAGGCCAAGACAGAUUCAUCUAUCGAUCUGGGCAACAGAGCGCUCUGGGACUCUCUACCUCUCAACGAACCACCUAACAUGUUUGCUAGACCUGGGAGACACACUGAGUUCUAGGUCCUCUCCUGUACAUCAUCUCCCCAGACCAGGCCAAGACAGAGUCAUCUACCGACCUUGGCAACAGAGCAUUCUAGGACUCUCUACCUCUCAACGAACCACCUAACAUGUUUGCUGGACCUGGGAGACACACUGAGUUCUAGGUCCUCUCCUGUACAUCAUCUCCCCAGACCGGGCCAAGACAGAGUCAUCUACCGACCUUGGCAACAGAGCAUUCUAGGACUGUCUACCUCUCAACGAACCACCUAACAUGUUUGCUGGACCUGGGAGACACACUGAGUUCUAUGUCCUCUCCUGCUCAUCAUCUCCCCAGUCCAGGCCAAGACAGAGUCAUCUAACGACCUUGGCAACAGAGCAUUCUAGGACUCUCUACCUCUCAACGAACCACCUAACAUGUUUGCUAGACCUGGGAUACACACUGAGUUCUAUGUCCUCUCCUGUACAUCAUCUCCCCAGUCCAGGCCAAGACAGAGUCAUCUAACGACCUUGGCAACAGAGCAUUCUAGGACUCUCUACCUCUCAACGAACCACCUAACAUGUUUGCUAGACCUGGGAUACACACUGAGUUCUAUGUCCUCUCCUGUACAUCAUCUCCCCAGUCCAGGCCAAGACAGAGUCAUCUAACGACCUUGGCAACAGAGCAUUCUAGGACUCUCUACCUCUCAACGAACCACCUAACAUGUUUGCUAGACCUGGGAUACACACUGAGUUCUAUGUCCUCUCCUGUACAUCAUCUCCCCAGUCCAGGCCAAGACAGAGUCAUCUAACGACCUUGGCAACAGAGCAUUCUAGGACUCUCUACCUCUCAACGAACCACCUAACAUGUUUGCUAGACCUGGGAUACACACUGAGUUCUAUGUCCUCUCCUGUACAUCAUCUCCCCAGACCAGGCCAAGACAGUGUCAUCUAACGACCUUGGCAACAGAGCAUUCUAGGACUCUCUACCUCUCAACGAACCACCUAACAUGUUUGCUAGACCUGGGAUACACACUGAGUUCUAUGUCCUCUCCUGUACAUCAUCUCCCCAGUCCAGGCCAAGACAUAAUCAUCUACCGACCUUGGCAACAGAGCAUUCUAGGACUCUCUACCUCUCAACGAACCACCUAACAUGUUUGCUAGACCUGGGAUACACACUGAGUUCUAUGUCCUCUCCUGUACAUCAUCUCCCCAGACCAGGCCAAGACAGAGUCAUCUAACGACCUUGGCAACAGAGCAUUCUAGGACUCUCUACCUCUCAACGAACCACCUAACAUGUUUGCUAGACCUGGGAUACACACUGAGUUGUAUGUCCUCUCCUGUACAUCAUCUCCCCAGACCAGGCCAAGACAGAUUCAUCUAUUGAUCUGGGCAACAGAGCGCUCUGGGACUCUCUACCUCUCAACGAACAACCUAACAUGUUUGCUAGACCUGAGAGACACACUGAGUUCUAUGUCCUCUCCUGCACAUCAUCUCCCCAGUCCAGGUUAAGAUAGAGUUAUCUACAGACUUUAGCAACAGAGCGCUCUGGGACUCUCUACCUCUCAGCGAACAACCUAACAUGUUUGCUAGACCUGAGAGACACACUGAGUUCUAUGUCCUCUCCUGCACAUCAUCUCCCCAGUCCAGGUUAAGAUAGAGUUAUCUACAGACUUUAGCAACAGAGCGCUCUGGGACUCUCUACCUCUCAACGAACAACCUAACAUGUUUGCUAGACCUGAGAGACACACUGAGUUCUAUGUCCUCUCCUGCUCAUCAUCUCCCCAGUCCAGGUUAAGAUAGAGUUAUCUACAGACUUUAGCAAUAGAGCGCUCUGGGACUCUCUACCUCUCAACGAACAACCUAACAUGUUUACUAGACCUGACAGACACACUGAGUUCUAUGUCCUCUCCUGCACAUCAUCUCCCCAGUCCAGGUUAAGAUAGAGUUAUCUACAGACUUUAGCAACAGAGCAUUCUGGGACUGUAUACCUCUCAACGAUCAACGUAACAUGUUUGCUGGACCUGGGAGAAACACUGAGUUUUAGAUAAAUGUAGACAUUGCCCUUUUAUAACUCCUCUCAUUAUUACGUCAUAUUAUGUUCUUCAACUUAUUUAAAAAUAAAUUUAAAAAUAAACUUAUACUUUUAAUA